GUGAGGCUUCCCUGCAGGGCCGCUGUCCCUGGGACCCUCCACUCUGGACCUAACCUGGGAUCCGGGAGGCUACAGAACUGCCCACUCCCCCGGGGAAUGCUGCGGAGGGCCGCUAUGGAGACUCUGGCCCUGAAACCAGAGGAGACAGCUUUUUCCACUCAGGACCCUGCUCUUUCCCCCAAAGAAAAUCCAGAGGAUAAAUCAGAUUGGAGUCUCCUAGCAGCCAGAUCUGAGGAAUCAGUGACUUUCAAGGACGUGGCUGUGGACUUUACUCAGGAGGAAUGGGGUCAGUUGGACUCCCCUCAGAGGGCCCUAUACAGGGAUGUGAUGCUGGAGAACUACCAGAACCUUCUUGCCCUUGCAGGGCCUCCAGUUUGCAAGCCAGAUGUCAUUUCCCAUCUGGAACGAGGUGAGGAGCCAUGGCAAGUGCACAGCAAAGUCACUGGAAGGACUUGUUCAGAGUGGGAGCCUAUGCCAGAGAUGAAGGAGGAAUCUUCUCAACAGCAGAACUUUUUCCAAAAAAACCCAUCCCUGAAGCCCAUCGUGGAGCAGUUGAAGAGGACCAGCCUUCACAGCACCAGCCCAAGUGGGGCAUGGGCCUGGGUAGCCCAGGAAGAUACUCUUUGUAGAAAUGAGGCUGCCCUGUGGAAGGGAGUGCCUACCAGCCAUGGGGACAUCUCCACGGAGGAGAGCUACUGGGGGCAUAAUGAAUCCAAGGAGGGUUUUCCCCUUGGGUGCACCCGCUUCACCCAGCAAAAUGCCCCUACAGAAGAACACUCUCCUGCCAGGUGCACCAAGGACAUUCAUUUUGCUGAAGGUAUAGCUAAAGACCAUCGGAGGACAUGCACAGGGAAAAAGUCUUUCAGGUCAAGUGAGUGUGGGAAAAACCCACCAGCAAACAGACCACAGGGAGCUCGGGCUGGUCUUUUCAUGUGCAACGAGUGUGGGAAAACCUUCCCACAGAGUGCAUCUCUCACACUACACCAGCGUUGGCACAGCCGUGAGAAGGCUUACAAAUGCAAUGAGUGCGGCAAGGCCUUCACAUGGAGCACCAACCUCAUCGAGCACCAACGGAUCCACACAGGUGAGAAACCCUUCUUCUGCAGUGAGUGUGGGAAAGCCUUCAGCUGCCACUCGUCUCUCAAUGUACACCACCGCAUCCACACAGGAGAGAGGCCUUAUAAGUGCAGCACCUGUGAGAAGGCCUUCAGCUGCAGCUCACUGCUCAACAUGCACCUGAGGGUGCACACUGGGGAGAAGCCUUACAAGUGUGGUGAGUGUGGCAAGGCCUUCAACCAGCGGACACACCUGACCCGGCACCACCGCAUCCACACUGGCGAGAAGCCCUACAAAUGUAAUGUGUGCGGCAAGGCCUUCACUUGCCACUCGUCCCUCACUGUGCAUGAGAAAAUCCACAACGGGGAUAAGCCAUUCAAAUGCAAUGAAUGUGAGAAGGCCUUCAAUAACCGUUCACGCCUCACUCUCCAUCAAAGAAUCCACACAGGAGAGAAGCCAUUCAAGUGCACUGAUUGUGGGAAAGGCUUCAGCUGCCACUCAUACCUUAUUGUGCACCAGAGGAUCCACAGUGGGGAGAAGCCCUUCAAAUGCAAUGAGUGUGGGAAAGCCUUCAGUUCCCACUCUUACCUCAUUGUACACCAGAGGAUACACACUGGAGAGAAGCCCUUUGAUUGCAGCAAGUGCUGGAAAGCCUUCAGCUGCCACUCAUCCCUCAUCGUGCACCAGAGGAUCCACACUGGAGAGAAGCCCUAUAAAUGUCAUGAGUGUGGCAAAGCAUUCAGCCAGAACCAUUGUCUUAUUAAACAUCAGAAAGUUCAUUCUGGAGAGAAAUCCUUUAAAUGUAAUGAAUGUGGUGAAAUGUUUAACUGGAGCUCACACCUCCUGGAACACCAGAGACUGCAUGGUGAUGAGAAGCCCUUUGCCAUUCAGUUCAACAGACAUUUGCUGAGCACCUACUAUGUGCCCGGCAGUCUUCUGGGUGCAGAGGACACUGGGGUGGGUGAUGUGGACCAAAUAAAUGCACUGGAUGUGGCAAAACUGUUAUGUGUGGUGCAGCCUCCACCUGGCAGGAAUUUUCCCCUAGGAAGCAAACAUGGUGAUUAAGGUGAGGUGCUCUUGGUCACAGAAGCUACUUCUUGAGUUACCUAACAAGGAAGGUACUGUCACUUCUUCAGGGCUCCUAGAGCCAGAUUGUUUGUUCCUCCAGAUAUAAAAACCUUACCCAUCACCCCCGAGCAGAUUCAUAAGCCAGGAAGGGAUACACUUUCCAAGAAGAAACAUGAGGCCAUUCGAGGAUGUGCCAUCAUCCUGUUUUCCUUGAUGGGUCUGGAGGUCAUUCACAAGGGAGAUCUUUCCUGCCAAUAAGAAGACAUGUCAACUUGGAGUCCUUGGAUUGGCUCCUGACAUAAUUUCCAUCAGGAAUUUCCUCUGUAACCUGUUGUGUUCAUAUUAAUCAUAAUAAAACAGAAGAAUUACAAACACUA